GUGUGUGCCCGGAGCCUGCCGGAGUUACCUCCCCGGAGCGAGCAGAGCGGACGCUGUCCCAGCCUGCUGGGAGCAUCCCUGCCACCUUCCUGGCUCCCAGCCCAAGCCUGGCUGGAGCCAGCGGGUGAGAAGCCCGCAGAGCCAGGCUCGGAUUGCAACAGGCUCCUCCUCCGAAGUCUGCCGAGAGGGAAGGAGAGGCGGGGAGCAGGACUCAGCAACUUCAGGCUGCCAACCUGCACCCUGCCAGCGGCCGGGGACGGCGCUGGGGGCCCGGAUCUUCCCAAGCCGCAUCCCAUGGGGAGCAUCUCCCACCGCCGCCCACCGUCAGCCCGGCAUGGAGAGCCUGAGCAGCAGCCUGAAGAAGAAAGCCACCGAGCAGCACUACCGGGCAGAGGUGAUGAUUGCUGGAGAGCAGCUGAGGCUUCGCCUCCACGAUGGGAAGCUCAUCAAGGACAGACGUUUCCACCUCCGGACGUACCCGAACUGCUUCGUGGCGAAGGAACUCACGGACUGGCUGAUCGACCACAAGGAAGCGCCGGACCGGGAGACCGGGAUCCGCCUCAUGCAGAAGCUGAUGGACCACUACAUCAUCCAUCACGUCUGCGACGAGCACUCGGACUACAAGGAUGCCAAGCUGCUCUACCGCUUCCGCAAGGAUGACGGGACCUUCCCUCUCAGCAAGGAUGUGAAGGUGUUCAUGCGAGGGCAGAGUCUUUAUGAGAAGCUGGUGAGCAUGGAAGAGUCAAUUCUGAAGGUGAGAGAGGAGAACUCGGUGAAGUACCAGAGGACUUUCCUGGGCUGUGAGAUGGUCGACUGGCUCGUUCAGGAGGGAGAAGUAGAAAACAGACAGGAAGCCGUGGAGCUGGGACAAGCACUGCUGGAGCAUGGGAUCAUUCAGCAUGUCUCCAAUCGGCAUCACUUCUUUGACAGUGACAUCCUGUACCACUUCUGGAUCAACUUCCGGCGUCGUCGUCGUCUCACAGAGCUGCUCAAUGAGAACUCUUCUCGUGCCCUCUCCGAGAGCCCCGACAGCCCCUUCUGCCUUCGCAAGCUCAACCCGGACCCAGGCAACACCAGCUUUCUCUCUGUCCAGACCAACAAGGAGAUCAAAAUUGUCUCAGCAGUUCGAAGGAGUAGCAUCACUUCCCUCUCUGGAAACUCCAACCCCUACUUCAGUGCUGCUCCUACAUUGGUAUUCCCUCCUGUGGCCGAGUGCAACCCCAAAUCAGUGUUAAAGAGACCCGUCACCAAUGAAGAGCUCCUGUCCCCUGGAGCCCCUUAUGUCAAGAAAACUCUGACUAUUGUGGGGGAUGCAGUGGGCUGGGGGUUUGUGGUCCGAGGAGGAAGACCUUGCCACAUCCAGGCAGUGGACCCAGGAGGACCUGCUGCUGCUGCAGGGAUGAAGGUGUGCCAGUUUGUUUUCUCAGUGAAUGGUGCGUGUGUUUUGCAUCUGGACUAUCAGACCAUCAGCAGCCUCAUCAUGACAGGACCACGGACUCUCGUGAUGGAAGUCAUGGAAGCCAGUGAUGAAUGAAGGAGUCUCAUCCCACUGCUGUUUGGAAAGGCAGGACACUCUACUAAGCAGGGAUGGACUGUGGGGAGGGACCAAGCUUGACCAUUCACUGUGACGUGUUACCCAGGCAUUUUAAUAUAUUUUCAAAUAAAUACAUUCUAAUGGACAA